GUUUAUAAGAAUAUUUACCUGUUGAAUACUGCCUCAAGCUUACUAAAAUUUCAGUAUAGGAUACUUCAUUAAAGUGCUUUCAAACUUAAUGUCAGCUGGAAUAGAGUUUUAAAAAUGGAAAUAUUUCUAAUGGAGUAAUGGCUUCGGCAGCAGAAGAUUUUGAAACUUCAGAAUUAGAUUCAAUUAUAAAUGUAAUAGGCUUAACUCCAUCUGAUCCUCUGGACACAUUUGCAGAAAUGUGGUAUCAAGUAUUUUUAUGGGCUUUGUUUUCAUCACUAUUUGUACAUCUUAUUGCAGCAGGCAUAGCAUUUGGAACAUUAAGAAAACAUAAAUUAGGUCGUUUCAUGCCUCUUCUUAUUGUAAUAUUUGGAGUUGUUGCACCUUUAACAGGCGGUGUUGUUACAAGUGCAGCUAUUGCUGGAGUGUACAGGGCUUCCAGGUUCCAAAUGAUGCCAUUUUAUGCUCUUGUAUGGGGCGUUGGACAAACCAUUUUAGCUGCUGUUAUGUCCUUUACACGUAUUUUGGCUACCUUGUGAUUUCUAGUCAAAUAGAAGAUUUGCCAAUGUAAAAAAUAAAAAGAAUUCAUACUGCAGUAUUUACAUUGCAAUAAAAACAUAUUAAAUAAAUAUUUAUUUUAUUGUUAUGUAAAUAUUGUGAAUUCCUUUUAUUUUAAUUAAUGCUAUGGUCUUUGAAAAGAUUUUUCUGAGUUUCAAGUUAAACUUGGAGUUUAAUGAUGCCUCCACUAUCGGCUAUGAUCCGUUAAAGGAACAUUUAACAAAACUGUACAGGUCUGUUGAAUUUUAAAUGCUUCCUUUUGAAAUUUUACUUAUGCAUUAUUUAUUUAUGAAAAUUUCUUUUAAGAGUAAAUGAAGUCCAAAAUAUGUAAAUAUCAUAUUUUAAAAAAAAAAUAUUCUUUUUG